UCACGGUAACAAGCAAAGGCAACGUGUUCGCGUGCUGCUCUCUGGCGCCUCGUGUUUAGCUCAAGCGUCCUUUGGAAUUUGGAAGCGUUAGGAAUGGACCAAAGUGCCCUCGGGUAAAGUGUAAGGUAGCCAGUUGAGGUUCUGAGGUCGGUUGUUGAUUGGGAAAGAAGCUUCUUGGAAGUUGCAUUGAAAUGAAAGUGAUCUGGAACAUAUCUGCGGCCGAUGAAAAGAUGUGUAAAUUUAAAGUGUCCGUAAAUAAUAAAUAACUACUUUUUGGAAAUCGUUAACAUUUUUUGUGAUUCAAAAACGAUGAAAGGUGUUGAAAAAUUUUAACUCACGUCUACCGAAAACGUUCUUGCAUUUCUGUGGCCCAUUCGUCGGGUGCAUAUCGUUCAAGUUGUGUGUGCAAGGAAUAUUUUUUCCAAGCGAUUGGCUGUUUCCAUUCAAGAAACUGUUACUGCAAAUGGGAAAAAUCUUAAUGGCCCGAUCGAAGGAGAGUUGAACGCGUCGAGCUAAUCAAACGUCGCUGGAUCGGUGUUGCUGAUAGUUAUUAUUCGAGAACGCGUCGGCAAAUUCGUCGUCAUAAGGAUAGUAGCUCCCCAUUAUUGUAGAAAUCGAAACACUAAACCAUUAAGAGCAAUCUUCAAUGAAACAAAAACGAUGAUUGCUGCUAGACCACCCAGAAGAAUCGUGAAGUUACGAGAUGUGCAUCGACAGUAUGACAAAAUCGGCACCAGGAGAAUGUUCAUCCCUGGCCAAUGGUCGACCAUAGUCAGGAUUCAGCGUCGAUUGAUAGUGUCCUGAAAGUUUGAACGUUGAUUACACUACAUUCAUGGUUUUGGGAAGUUAAAUCAAAAGACUGUUCUCAAUGAUUGAUCCCAGGAAGUUUGACUCAGCCCAACUGUCGGCAGAAAAAAUGAUAGUUUACAGCGUGAUUCUUCUCAGCAUUAUUUGGAAUAUCAGUGAGUGCAAUGAUAUCAUCAACGCAAAUAGCAGCAAAAAUACACCGCUCCCUGCGAAAAACACCGUCAUGGCAGUUUUCAGUCCUAUGACCAAAUCCCCCGGACCCUGUCGAUUCCUUUCGGGAACACGGAAGCAGAAUCAUCAAUGCCGCCGAGAUACAGGUUUACCGGAAGCCAUUCGGGAAGCUCGUCGCCUAGCCGUCCUGCACUGCGAGGAACAGUUCCGUUACGAUCGUUGGAACUGCUCAAUCGAAACACGUGGAAAGCGGAACAUAUUCAAAAAGGUGUACCGCGAGACGGCCUUCGUCCAUGCCCUGACAGCGGCAGCCAUCACUCAUUCAGUGGCACGCGCCUGUGCCGAGGGCAAAAUGACCAAGUGUCAGUGCGCGUCGGAGAAACAGCCGGCGGCCACCCGACUCGCUUGGAAGUGGGGCGGUUGCAGCGAUAAUGUCAAACAUGGCAAACGGGUGACGCGUAACUUUUUGGAACUUCAACCGCACGAGGGCGAUCCGGUAUCGGAGAUGCUGCGGCAUGAUAGUGAGGUCGGCAUCGAGGAGGUGAUGAAGAACAUGAACGAUCGCUGCAAGUGCCACGGCGUUUCCGGUUCAUGCUCCCUGAAGACGUGCUGGCGGAAGCUGGGAGAUUUCAACGUAACGGCUGCCAAACUUAGAUCCAAAUAUCAUAAUGCUAUCAGGAAAAUACCGAUAAACAAUAAACCGUCGCGCCGAGCCAUCACCAAGGAGCUGAGAGAAAAGCCGGCUUCGUACGAUCAACUGUUCUACUUGGAGACGUCUCCCACGUUCUGUUCGGUAACUCGGGGCCGCCGCUGUCUGCAUCCGGACAACUGUGCCACUCUAUGUUGUGGUCGAGGCUACACCACCAAGCUCAUUAAGACGAUCGAAAAAUGUCGCUGCCGGUUCACUAAUGGCCGUUGCUGUCAGAUCGUGUGCGACUAUUGCGAAAAAUACGAAGAUCGAUAUUACUGUAAAUAGGCUCAACUGCGCUCUAUCGAUCUAUUACUCAAGAAAAAAAAACUUUAAAUUAUUUAUUUAAUAAAAUAAUCUUAGACUGUAGAGUUCUUAGUGGGAAAACAAACGUAGUCAUUUUGUUCGUAAAUUAAGCUAAUAAAAAAUGUUUUGUCUCAACAAUGUCGAAAUGAUUUCAUCUAACUGUAAUGUAACACAUCUAGUAUUGAAGUAAUGAGCAAUCAAUGUUGUCACCUAUACCUAUUGAAAAAAAAAAUAAAAAGUCAGUGUUUGAUGAAUCUUUUUUGUCGUGUAUCUACUUCUUCCUUCAUUCA